AUGGCUACUUUCGACUCAUCGGCGAUGUCUCCGACAGGUCCGCAGAACUCUGGGGAAGCCAGAGAUAUCCACGGCUCCCCAUCACGCUCGCCCACUCAUGUAGAUUCGGGGCUGUCAUCUUCCUACGGCAGCAGCCGGUCUCACUCGAGCUUCUCGUCCCGGAAGUAUGCUGAGACCCCUCGGUCUCAGAAACAGCGGUAUCGCGACUCCACCCCGGUCUUCGACGGUCCUGGCGCCUCGACUCGUAACUAUGGUGCCACGGAGGCGCCCAGUCAGCCUGGUACAUCGUCUGGGCCAACGAAGAACGACCAACAAAGUGCACCAGUGUCUAGUAACGGCGCCAACAACGGCAGCUCAGCCUCCCCGGGCAACCAGUCUGAGGAGGCACACCAGUCCCGGUAUAUCCGAUUUAUAGAUCGAUUCGGCGCCCUCGAGCUGGAGAACAAAGGCAGCGUCGCGCGCGAUCACCUCGCUCUAGGUAUUAACUUCCGUCAUCAGGUGCCUACACCCUUGCUUCAGCAUCUAACACUAUAUACAGAGCGGACUUUCCUAGCCUGGAUGCGCACAUCCCUCGCCUUCGCCUCGAUCGGUAUAGCCGUCACUCAACUCUUCCGUCUCAACAGUGCCACCGUCAACACAAAUUCAUACAGUUACGAUGCAACCUCCUCUGGCCAGCCCGGAAUACUCCCUCCUGGCCUCUCCUCGUCUUCUAUACAUGCCGCCUCGGCCUCCUCUCGCCUCCGUAGCGUCGGCAAACCGCUCGGCUCAACUUUCAUCGGUGUCGCCAUCCUCAUCCUAAUAUUAGGCUUCCACCGCUAUUUCGAGAGUCAGUACUGGAUUGUCCGUGGCAAAUUUCCUGCAAGUCGGGGGAGUGUUGCGUUGACGGCGUUUAUGGCGGCGGCGCUGAUUGUUGCGGCAUUGGCGGUUAUUCUGGCCGUCUCCCCUGGGGCUACUGAGCGGUAG